AUGGCUUCUACCAAAACUAAAUUGCUAAAUUCAUGUGUUUUAAUAAUUGCAAUUUUAUUAAUUUUGCAAUUUAAUAUGUCAAGAGCACAAAAGGUGCCAGCCAUGUAUGUGCUUGGUGAUUCUUUAGUAGAUGUUGGGAAUAAUAAUUAUUUGGAGACAUUUUUCAGAGCAAAUUUUCUUUUUAAUGGAAUUGAUUUCCCUGGUGGCAAACCCACAGGAAGAUUUAACAAUGGGAAAAAUGCUGCUGACUUUAUUGCUGAAAAUGUUGGUUUACCUACACCACCACCGUAUCUUUCCGAUUCCAACAAGAAUAACGUCUUUCUACAAGGUGUAAGCUUUGCCUCGGGAGGAGCUGGAAUUUUAAAUAGCACCAAUGAUCAUCCUUAUAAUGGCACAAUUUACCUCUCAAAACAAGUUGGGUAUUUCUAUGAAGUGCAACAAAGGUUGAUUAAAAAGAUGGGGGAAAGUGCAGCAAAAGAGCACUUGACAAAUUCUCUAUUUGCUAUUGUUAUUGGAAGCAAUGAUUUAUUCAACUAUUUCAGCUCAAAAUCCAAAAUCCAUCUCACAAAAUCACCACAAGAGUACAUUGAUUUAAUGCUAUCCACCUUAUCGAACCAACUAAUGCAAAUACAAGGUUUGGGUGGACGUAAAUAUUUGAUUGUUGGGAUAGGGCCAUUAGGGUGCACUCCAUCGCAAAGGCUUCAAAAUUCUUCAGAGAAUUGUUACGAUGAGGCUAACAAUUUGACCACCAUUUAUAAUAAAGCUCUACAAUCAAUGUUGCUAAAAUUGAAGUCAAAUCUCAAGGAACAUUUCAACUAUUCCUACUUCAACGUCUAUGAUUUCUUGAUUGAUCUCAUCCAAAAUCCAACAACGUAUGGUUUUCUUGAGGUUAAAUCUGCUUGUUGUGGGAUAGGGAGAUUAUAUGCUGAAGGUCCUUGUAUUCCUAUUUCAACAUAUUGUCCCAACAGGAGUGAUCACAUUUUCUGGGAUGAAGUUCAUCCUACGGAGGCAACAACAAAACUUCUUGUUAAUACUCUUUUCAAUAAUACAAAACAAUAUGUAACCUCAAUGAAUUUAGUCAAUUUACUUGCUUUGUAG